CAGACUUUGAAUAUCCGUGAAUCUCGACAUAGUCACCACAUUUGUGUAUUCUACAAUCCGAUAAAAUGAGUGGCCGUGGAAAAGGAGGAAAGGGUCUCGGUAAAGGAGGCGCUAAGCGUCACCGCAAAGUUCUCCGUGAUAACAUCCAGGGAAUCACCAAGCCCGCCAUCCGCCGUCUGGCUCGCCGUGGCGGAGUGAAGCGGAUCUCUGGUCUGAUCUACGAGGAGACUCGUGGGGUGUUGAAGGUUUUCCUGGAGAACGUGAUCCGUGAUGCUGUCACCUACACCGAGCACGCAAAGAGGAAGACUGUGACCGCCAUGGACGUGGUUUAUGCUCUGAAGAGACAGGGAAGAACUCUGUACGGCUUCGGCGGUUAAACUCACUUCACUUU